AUGACUCCAGAUCUAAGCCCAAAUUCCUCAAUUUUAGUCAUUGGCGCUGGGACAUGGGGAUGCUCAACCGCACUUCAUCUAGCACGUCGGGGAUACAAAAAUGUGAAAGUACUGGACCCUCACCCGGUGCCGUCGCCGAUUGCCGCGGGGAACGACAUCAAUAAGAUCAUGGAGCACAAGGAAGUCAAAUCCCCAAACCCCGAUGCUCAAAGCAUAGCCUUCGCAACAUGCACCAGGGCAGCACUGAAUGGCUGGAAAACCGACCCAAUUUUCCAACCCUACUUCCACGAAAGUGGGUUCAUCGUCUCUGGACAUACAUCCGCUCUAAUAGAGCACAUCAAGACCGAAGAAGUCGACCAAUCUGAAGGCGACUGGGUGGCCCUAGAAACAGCCGAGGAUUUCCGUCAAACCAUGCCACCAGGUGUUCUGACUGGGAGCUUUCCAGGCUGGAAAGGCUGGAUCAGCCGAGUUGGCGCAGGAUGGAUCCAUGCUCGGAAGGCUAUGGUAUCUGCAUACAACGAGGCGCAGAGUCUAGGCGUGAACUUUGUAACUGGGUCACCGCAGGGCAAGGCUCAAAGCUUGAUCUACGGAAACGGAGAUGUGGUCGGUGUUCAGACAGCAGACGGACAGAAGCACUCCGCAAAUUAUACUAUCCUCGCAGCUGGUGCCAGUAGUGAUCGGCUGCUCGACUUCAAAAAGCAGUUGCGUCCAACGGCUUGGACUUUGAGUCAUAUACAGAUGACGCCCGAGGAAGUGAAGAACUACCGGAACCUGCCUGUUCUGUUUAAUAUUGCGAAGGGGUUCUUCAUGGAGCCUGAUGAAGAGAAGCACGAACUCAAAAUCUGCGAUGAGCACCCAGGAUACUGCAACUUUGUGGCUGAUCCUGACCACCAAGGCGAGAAGAGGAGUAUCCCGUUUGCAAAGGAGCAGAUCCCACUUGAAGCCGAAGCAAGAGCUCGGGAUUUCUUGCAUGAUACUAUGCCGCAUCUUGCUGAUCGGCCUUUUUCUUUCGCUCGUAUCUGCUGGGAUGCAGAUACCGUUGAUCGAGCGUUUUUGAUUGACAGGCAUCCUGAGUAUGCUUCGCUUGUGGUUGCUGUUGGUGGGUCUGGCAAUGGUGCUAUGCAGAUGCCUACUAUUGGUGGCUUCAUUGCAGAUGCGUUGGAAGGGAAAUUGCAAAACGAGUUGAAAGAUGUCGUCCGAUGGAGACCGGAGAUUGCUAUUGAUCGUGAUUGGAAGUCUACUCAAAAUCGUUUCGGUGGACCUGAUAAGUUGAUGGAUUUCCAGGAUGUGAAGAAUGAUCAGUGGACACAUAUUGGAAGGGGGAGUUAG